GUCACAUUGGCUAUGGCAAGAUAAAGAAGUUUUACGUUUGUAUAAAUGUUUAUACCGAGUAUAGGUAAUGAUAAGUAGGUUGAUACCACGUUUCUACGUUAUUGUGAUUACAAGUGUUAUGUUUAUUAUUUUGUCUAUCAGAACUGUUAGCAACGUUGACUCGUGACUCCCUUACACUUAAAGCCGUUUUUGUAUUUUACAUUUUUUUGUUUGAUCGAAAUUUUAUAUUUUUCCAACCAACUGUUUUAUUCUGUGCUAUCAUCAUGGUGUUUGUAUGCAUGGUUAAAGGUUGCAAUAAUUCUAAGAAGUUGACUAUGAAGAAGUGCAAACGGUUUAGGAUACCUAGAGAUGAAUUACGUCGCAAGAAUUGGCUGAUAAAUUGCAGUCGUCAAGAUUUAUUAGGAAAAUCAACAUCAUAUCAUGUGUGUUCAGACCAUUUCGAGGCCCAAAUGUACAGAAAACCUGAUCGAAAAGUUUUAUUGCCUACUGCUGUUCCUACUGAUUUCUCAAUGAUCUUUAAAAAAGAUACUUGCAGUACUUCAUGUCGAGAUGCUAGUAUAUCAGAUCCAUUAUUAUUUAAAAAUUCAGUUGCCACAAGUACUCCAUUAAAACAAGAGGAGUCAAUUUCUAAUUCUUGUAGUAGCAGUAGUUCUAGUCAAUCAUUUAAAGAAACUGAUAUUACAGAAUUAAUCAACUUGGGAUUUUCUAGAGAGCAGGUUAUUCAAGAAUUAAAAAGAUUCAUUGGAAAUAAAAAUCAAGCAAUGGCCUCCUUAUUUGCAAAAAUAUUAAAAUUUUGACAGUUGUCAGAAGUUUUUAACAAAAUUAAACAGUUUUCAUCCUUUUUAA